CGAGGAAGAAAUGGCAUCAAAAACAUCUUCGGGAGACGGUGGAGGCGUUAAAGUUAAUGAGGAAGAGAAUCCAGAAGAGACGCUCCUCCUCGAAGCCAAUCCUAACGCAGGUUCGGAAACGCCACCGAAUAUCACUGGUGAUACUGGAGGGGGAAGUGUGGAGGUUGCUGCCGCGUCUGCUAGGGCCACGAGAAUAAGCAGUCGAGCCGCUCCGCCAGUAUUGCCAGAUUGGAGGCGAUAUUCUGUUUUUCGUGAAGCCCUGCAGAAAGGAGGUGAACUUCUUCCGAGGAACGAUGACCUUCGUUUUCCAUUCUUUCCGAUUUUUGCGAUGAAGGAGGUGCUGCUGAGGUGUGGCGGAUAUUGCGAGAAGAGGGGCUUCUCACAUCCACACUCGGUGGCGUACACUUUUUUGCAGUUGCGAACAUGGGACGAUUUGCCUGUAGGCACACAAGUAGAUAGGAGAACGUGGGAUCGAAACGUAGUUUCAUGUGAUGCAAGCAUUAUCAGUGAUGAUUCGAACGGUGUCCGCUUAUUUACGCGAACGCACAAUCAGCGUCCGAUCUUGCCACAGGAAAUACGUGGUUGUUAUGCUGAAGAAAGUACUUAUUUAACAAUGAUCAGAAUGUACUCAACAUGUACAUGUACUGGAUCUUCUGGAACAAGCAAGCACUUUUGAAGGAAGAACUGAUGAGCUCGCGCCUGGUACUAGUGUUAACGUCGAUGAGGAGUACUAGUUCUAGUUGUACUAGACAUGAAACAAUAAAGAAGAAGUUAAUUUAGUAGUAGAGUCAUGUUUUGUCCUUGAGCAAAUUUCGUUCAUCUGAUGUUCACUUUUGUCGCUACUCUACAAGCUAAUAAGUAAUCAAUUGUGGUUUAAUUCCAUGUGUCCCUCGUCCAGCAUUAGGUUUCCGCUUAUCCUUUUGCGUUCUUUUUGCCAGCUGUUGAGUAGCUUUCACCCACUUGUACCAGGACCAAUGAACACCUUGCCAAUAAACUAAUCCAUUUUUGAUUUCUCUUCAUGUGCCGCAUCAAGGAGGUUCUUUCCGUGCCUGGAGAGGACUGUGGCCGCUUGUACUCUUGCGACAUUGUCCGAGACACGGUCUUCGCUGCCAACAAGGGGCCAUCCCGGGUCUUUUACCUGAAGUCAACGAAAUGUUCACUCCUCCUGUGUGCCAGAAAUUCAAACACUUUACUGCCUUUCCUCAGGACGGACAUCACGUCGCGGAAUGGGACAUUUUCUUUGUCAAGUCCGGCAAUAAAAGACGACAACGCUUGGCAAAUCGAUUGGGGAUUGUUACGGCUCAAGAUUCUUGUUCGAUCAUCGACUAGUAGAUCAUGUUGUUCACCCAGCAAUAAUUCAAGAAUUAUCAGAGCUUCAAACUGAUGUUUCUUCUCUCAUGAUCCUCUAACAAAAGUUGUCACGCAACCCUUCUGGAAACGAAGAUGCGGCUGAUGCAAGAGUUUGCGGGUACAAUCCCCAGUCCCAAUGACCAACGCUUAGAUUAAGGCGCAACUUUCAUUGGUCAUUGAGGUCGUUCGUCACUGAAGUAGAGAUCGAAGCAAGUGGGGCCCCCUUGAGAGAACAGGGGAAAACGAAGGGAAAACAAAGGGAGAGGCGUGGGGCCCUUGUCUUUCCGAAUCAAUCGUGGCUAUUGACUGCUGGCCCCCUUUAAUUAGAGUUUGUGACGAUGGACGACAAAAAGACAGACCGCCAAGAAAAGCCUGGGCCACCAGAUCGCUUUCGACCAUUCGAUGUUGUUCGAACACCGAUAAUUAUGAGGUUAUUGAUACUUGUAUCAAGAUGAAUCAUGUUGUACAUGUAAGUAGUUAAAUUCUUGAGAUUUCAAUCUACAACAGUUGAAAUCGGUUUCGUCUAUAGAUUGUCGCCUUGAAGCUUAAGAUGACGGCAAUUGUUUGUCAUCGCCGUCGUUGUGCUUCAGAUUCCGCCCCCCGGGCCGUCUGUAGGUCUGUGGAUAACCGUCUACCCUUCUCCUAAUAAUAAUAAUAGUGCCAUAAUAUUUUAUUCUCUUCUAAAAAUAUGUGGGAUAUAACUUCGGCGUUGUCCCUGGGAGAGCUCAGGGUUAGUCCCUGGUCGCACAAGCUCAUAGUCCACGAGGUCGAGCAGACGCCCUUCAGCUACCUGCCUUCUAGUUAAGACGUUGAUAACAAGUUAGUACUAGAUCAAGUAGGAGAACUACGAAUCUAUAUUCCUCAAUCUUCAAGAACAAGGGUCGCGUUCUUCAUCUUCUCAUUCGAAGCUAAGAAGUGUCCCUGAAGAGACGAGGCAACGGCAUUCCAAUAGCAUUUUUUCAUCUCACGAUGGAGUUAUCACUACACAUCAUAGCUCUAACGCGAUCGGUCUUCACCUAUCAAACCCGCAGCACCACAGUCCGACGGCAGGAGAUUGCAGGGUACUUUUUCUUACUCCCAUUUUCUUGCCAUGUCGUAGACGAGGCAUGGUAGUCGAUUUCACAAUUACAACUUCUAGUAGGAGAGAAAUAAUUACCCUGUAGUGCCUGUAAAUGAAGAUUAUUGUACUAUUAUCGUUUUAGUAAUAGAUAAGUACUUGCCUGACCUUUAUUUUUUCGGUUUUUGUUUUUUCUAGUUAGGUAUGCUCCACCAACAUAAUCAUCAAGAGGCGGGCUAUUUAUCAAGCUCACAACUUCUGCCUCCCUGUCUACCCAGGUCUCGCAAAUUUGAGGAGUGCGAUUCAGAAAGUAGGACACCAACAGGAAACUACGAGUUCAGCUGCGUCGGAGUCUGCGUUGCAGAGUAGCAGAGGUCCUGAACAAACAGCACGACUACAAGAACAACAGGAACAGUUGGACUUGGAACAGAAGAAAAGAUCAAGUGGCGAGGUCAUCACCAAGAAUUCCAAUAUUUCUGCAGCAUCAGGAGCUACGCUCGGUCCUCCUGCUGAGAAAUUGCUGCUACCGGCAGAUGCGGCACCAGCUGUACCAGGGCCGCCAACAGCUACGCCUGGAACAGGAGGUGCCGUCAUCGAACUUGAUUCGGAUUGAAAGGCUAGACGUGAAUUGGAUCUACUUUUUGUUGUAGUAAGGUAGAAGGAAUACUUGCGCGCAACGAACUCUACCUGGGAACCACAUGUUUGUUGUUAUGAAAAUAAUAUAUCUAGAAGUAGCAUUUCUUUGAAUUUGUUGACACACCUCUUGAAGCUUCUACCGCCUCCUCACAUGUCUUUAUACUCAAACUCAAAUCUUAAUAUGUAGUUUCACAUUAAACGCUAACGAAGCUGUUUUUAGUGUCUUCUUGGUUUCGGUCAUGUUCACUAUCAGAACUUAUCUCCACGGGUGAAAAGAUUAGGAACAGAACAAUUAGGGAAACACGCAUGACAUGAAGUUAGUAGUCGAAGAUACUGAUCGAAUUUAAUAUUAUCAACAUGUCUUCCAUGUCUGAUCCCCUUUUAGCCCACCUUCGAACUGUGAGAACAAGGCUCUUGAACCAACAUCACGCGUUUGAGAGUCGUGAUUAUCUUCGAUCCCCUUAUCAACAUCUUUUUUGCUCGCUUCAUGUCCAUCUCCCAAAGGAGACACUGACGCAUAAUAUUAGACCUAAAAGACACACACGCAGGCGCAGCUAAAAUCGCACAUCAAGAAACUAUAGCCAUCACGAU